GCUCCUCCCUUGGUAUUACAUUUCAGUCAUUGUUUUGUAAACGAACCACAAAGCAAACGUCUAAAAAGCCCGUUGUUGAAGAUUGCUGUCAGUUUUCGAAAAUAGAGUAUCAUCUGAUCAAAUGACUGUCCAGCAACAUUUAGAUAUGACACCUAAGCGUGGCCUCAUCACCGACACAUAUAAGGUUGUAAAGAAAGCAAGGAGAGGUGGCAAGAAAGACAAGUCUCCUUCGCCACCAAGAGCAGAGCCUGAGCCCCCACAGCUGAGUGAAAGAGAAAAAGAACUACUGGAGCUGAAGAAGUUUGAUUUGGACUGGAGGUUCGGACCAUGCACAGGGAUCAGUCGACUGCAGAGAUGGGAGAGGGCCGCACUGCAUGGGAUGGAUCCCCCACAGGAGAUUAAAGACAUUCUACUGAAGGAGAAAACUGACCGAGAGUACACACAGAGUCUCUGGAGCGACUAUCCACUCUGAAGAACAGGGAAAAAGGCAGAAUUUGGUGGAAGGAAAGAAAAUAGUCUUUGUUUUUGAUUGUUUGACAUUUUGUACCAAGUGUUUGACCAGUUACACUACACUUUAUUAAAAAAAAAUAUCCAAAUGC